GUUCCCUGGUCUUCAUUGGUUGACAUUUCUUUUGCUCAUGCUGUGACUGAGCUACGCGACACAGUGCUUCCACGAGCUUUCGCCGUACAGGCAGCGACAGCCUACAACGUCAAGAGCGCGGCUCGACAUAUGCAGCACGCCACCGGAGACGCCAAGGCAGCUG